AUGGUUGGCACGGCGAUAGACGCAGAGGCUGCUUGUGAGGAAUCUGGGCUGCACUUCUGCCAUGAAUGUCUGAAGCUCCAUGCUUGUCCAUGCAAAGAGGAUGUCAAUGCGUGGCUCGAGAAAGCUACGGCGCUUGUAGCCGCUUGGCUAUGCCUUGUUGCGGCAGGGGGUCUAAGGGAGCUAGUUUCGCUGACCUGGUGGCGCAAGCGGGCCUUGCAUGGGUUGUGCUCCGACGCCGUGAACCCACGCAGCGCGGCACAGAUGGCAUUGCGUGCGCAGACGUUGGCUGAACUCGCUGGAGAGCGAGGAGCUCAAGCACGGGCACUGCUCGUGUCGGCGCAGGUUUCACUUCACCAGGGCAAGAGCAAAGCGGCCCUGACAUCUGCGACCCGAGCGCAGAGAUUGUUUAAGCAGGAGGCAGACAUUGUCGGCGAGGCCAGAGCUGCUUUUGAAGCUCUGCGUGCCGAAGUCUUGCAGUUGGAGACAGGUGUCCGAGAACCAACCCAGACAGCUUGGGAAACAACAGUCCAGAUGGCUGAGGAAGCCUCGCAGAGAGCAAAGUCAUCGUCUCUUCAUGACGUCUCUGCUGCUGCGUUGUCUCUGCGGGCAAAGGCCCUGCAAGCGCUGGGGCGAAGCGAGGAGGUGGCACAGACUUUGGGUGAGGCUUCCCAGCUACUGCAGCUGGCAGGCGGGAAUGCAGAUCCCAAGCUGGCUCGGAUAGCACAGACGACACCAAAAGCCCCGGUGGAUGUAAAGCUCAGCAGAGAAGAGCUCGAGAAGGAUCCAUCGCUUGUCCUGCUUCCCAUGGAUGCCAGGGAAAUCGAGGCCCAGAAGGUCUUUGCAAAGCGAGAGGCUGCCCACAAAGAGCAGGCCGAGCCAACGCUUCUCGUGCGUCAGCCUACUGGGCUUUUGGUUGAGGCCAAGACGAGCUUGCCUUUCCAGGUGGCUAUGCGGCGAGAUUCUGUUGGCAGCACAGCGCAAGUACUUGACCGAUACUACCGGCACUUGCGCAGCAAGCGCUCCGCAGGUGCUGGAGCGUCUUAG